AUGCGUAAUAGUUCACAUAUAGACAGGCAACUGGACAACAACCGCAUCAAAUGUGUCACAGAGAUGUCAAUACGUGGACUUGGUGACAUGGAAAUUCUACGUAUCGGUGACAAUAACUUGGUGUGCGACUGUCACCUCAGCUGGUUGGCAAUAUGGCUGAGAAAGAACCCGCGACUGGGACUUUUUACCAAAUGCUAUGAACCCAUGAUUCUCAGGAAUCAGGCCAUAGAAGUGCUGCAGGCGAAGGAUUUCAAAUGUGCUGGUUACGAGCGACUCCAUUCUAAAGAAUGCCUUUCCGAAAUGCUGUGCCCUCGACGUUGCAGUUGCAUCGAAGGAGUCAUAGAUUGCCGGGGCCAGGAACUAAAAGUCAUCCCUGAUUUCAUUCCAGAAAGUACAACUGACCUUCGUCUUGACGAGAAUCACAUUACACGUAUCCCACCAAAGGCCUUCGCUGAUUAUAAGAACUUACGUCGUAUCGACUUGGGCAACAAUCAAAUAUCAUUUGUAGCCUCAGACGCCUUUGCUGGCUUAACUUCACUAAACUCAUUGAUUCUCUAUGGAAACAAACUUGUUGAUCUUCCACACGGCGUGUUCCGUGGUUUAACCUCAUUACAAUUACUGUUACUCAAUGCUAAUAAAAUAAAUUGCAUUCGAGAAGACACCUUUGUUGAUCUUGGGAAUCUCAAUUUACUAUCUCUCUAUGACAACAAGAUUGAAAGUCUUUCCAAUGGAACAUUCUUGCCAUUGAAGAAUAUACAAACUCUGCAUCUAGCUCGCAAUCCAUUCAUCUGUGACUGCAAUCUGCGCUGGCUGUCUGAAUAUCUGCACAACUAUCCAGUGGAGACUAGUGGUGCUCGCUGUGAGAGCCCACGCCGCAUGCGCAGGAAGAAGAUAGGCAAUAUCAGAGGAAGCAAGUUCAAGUGCAAAGGAUCCGAGCAACAACGUACAAGGAAUGCUGGGAUAUGUGCAGUAGUCUCCCAGUGUCCCUCUGACUGUGAUUGCACAGGAACUACAGUCGAUUGCUCAGGUCGCAGAUUAAACAAACUUCCUGAUACUUUUCCAGACUAUACAACACAUCUAAACUUUGCUGACAAUGAAAUUACAAGGAUUGAAACCACAAGUAUUCUGAGACGUUUGCCAAGCCUAGAAAUCUUGGACCUCAAGAAUAACAAAAUCACCCAUAUUGAGGAUAAUGCUUUCAGCAACCUCAAUAAUCUCCAGGAACUUAUUCUCACGGCCAACAAACUGACCAAGGUUAGUGUAGCUACCUUCAAAGGAUUGACAAAUUUAAGGAUACUGAAUUUAAUGUCCAAUCCAUUCAACUGCAACUGUCACUUGGCAUGGCUGCCAUUGUGGCUAAAAAGCAAGAACUUCGUAACUGGACACUUAACAUGCCUGACACCUCACAAUCUUAAAGAUGCACCCAUCAUUAGCCAUAAGGCAUCGGACUUCGUCUGUGAAGCAAAUCUAAAUGUUGAGAUGGGAUGCAAUGUUGCAAAACCAACCUGUUGUCCAUCUGCUGCUAUGGGUAAAAAAAAAAUGGACCUUGCAGUGUUUUUGUGCAGGCAAAAUCAGUAUAAAUAUUUGGACUUUAAUAACAUCACCGUUGUUCCCAGAGAGAUCAGCCGAUUAACCAAGUUGACACAGCUAGACCUCAGCUACAACCAGAUUGAAACUCUGCCGGAUUAUGCUUUUGCCAACCUUUCUCAUAUGUCAACUCUAAUACUCAGUUAUAAUCCACUUCAGUGUGUUGCUGAAACAAGUUUCUCUGGACUUACCAAAUUACGAAUACUGUCUCUGCAUGAGAACAAGCUGUCUACCAUUCCAUAUGGAACCUUCAAAGAUCUUCAUUCGUUAACCCAUAUCGUUCUUGGAGGAAAUCCAUUAUACUGUGACUGCAACCUCAAAUGGCUUUCUGAUUGGAUAAAAAAAGAUUUUCUUGAACCUGGCAUUGCUACAUGUGCCGGACCACCGCCAAUGUCUAACAAACUCCUUCUCACUACGCCUUCCUAUAAUUUCCAGUGUGGAAAAAAACCAGACCCAGUAGUAAUGUCCAAGUGUAACGCCUGCUAUGAGAACCCUUGUCAACACGGUUCCACUUGUACGGUGGUCUCGUUCCAGAAUUUCACCUGUUCUUGUACACCGGGUUAUUAUGGCACCAAGUGUGAGAAAGAGAUCGAUUCAUGCUUCGGCAACCCUUGCUACAAUGGGGCUACUUGUGAAGUUUUGGACAACGGCAGAUUCAUAUGUCACUGUCCACGAGGCUUCAAUGGUUAUCGCUGUGAAUCCAACAUAGAUGACUGUACAAACCAUUCCUGCCAGAAUAAUGCCACUUGCAUUGAUUUAGUGGAAACAUAUACCUGUCAAUGUCCUAUUGGUUAUAUAGGUAAACACUGUCAGAAGAAGAUUGUGUUUUGUGAAGGAGAGUAUAAUAUGUGUGAGAAUGGUGCUACCUGUAAGCCUAAAGGUGAUGAUUACAGCUGCGAAUGUCUACCAGGUUACACAGGUAAAAAUUGUUCAGAAAACAUAGAUGAAUGUCGCUCUCAUAUUUGUCAGAAUGGUGCCAAAUGCAUGGAUGGUCUCAACGGAUACACGUGUAUCUGCCCACCUGGUUACCUAGGCAACUUCUGUGAAAUAGCACCCAUCCAACAGUCAGGUGUACAACAACCCAGUGCCUGCCUUCACCACGAAUGUAAAAACAAUGGACUGUGUUAUCUGCCUUCCACCACAUCUGACUACAUGUGCCGCUGUGCCGCAGGUUUUGCCGGCAAGAAAUGCGAAAAGCUUCAUACAGUUUCCCUACACGAAGAAGAUUCAUACAUAAAGUUGCCAGCAUUACAGGUAGACCCUAAAGCCAAUAUAACCAUUGUGUUCUCUGCUAAGCAAGACAAUGGUAUUUUGCUCUACACCGGCUUCGAACAACACGUCGCAGCAGAGCUGUUCCGAGGCCGAAUUAGGAUCAGUUUUGAUGUUGGCAACUAUCCGGUAUCUUCGAUGUUCAGCUUCAAAACAGUAAACGAUGGCCAUUUCCAUCAUUUGCAAAUGAUGAUUGAGAAAAAGAAUUUCACCAUGAUUGUUGAUGGAGGCAUUUCCCGUACCAUUGUGAACGAAGGAUCUCGUGAGAGCCUGGAUGUCUCCGAUUCCUUGUAUCUUGGAGGACUUCCUCCUGAUGUCAAUGACAGGGCUCUGAAAAAUUGGCAUAUACGAGACAAAUCUAGCUUUGUUGGAUGUUUCCAAAAAGUCUUUAUUAACGGACACCAAUUAGACUUCAGCUCAUCACUUUACAACCAUAAACUAAUCCCUGGAUGCCAAGAGUUAAAAAAACAAGAUCCAUGCACAAGCCACAAAUGUAAGCAUGGCAAGUGCACCAGUCGUAAAGACAAUACUUAUAAAUGCCGGUGUCGGGAAGGUUAUUCUGGAACAUACUGUGAUGUAGGUGAAGAUAGAGAAGUGAAAAAGAUGAACCCCUGUGACAAACAUGAUUGUAGGCAGGGUCGAUGUACCCCCCAGAAGGACAACACAUAUAAAUGUCGCUGUAGACGUGGUUACACUGGCCAAAGAUGUGACAUAGCACCAACUUGCCGUGACAUAGCCUACAAAGAGACCCACAAGGACCCUAAGACAGGCUGCAAAUCACGGACCAAGGUGAAAUUUCGGCGCUGUGAGGGUUCAUGUGGCCGUCACUGUUGCAAGCCGAAGAAAAUCAAGACCCGCCGUGUACGACUGUUCUGUGCAGAUGGAACCAAUUUCGUCUAUAACCUACCAGUGAUCCGAAAGUGCGGUUGCAAGCGCUGCUGACAGAGGUCACUGCCUGGGGCAGGGGUUGGGAAAGGGAUAUAUAUGUUUACAUAUAGACUUACACACAUGCAUACACAUAUAUACACACAGUCAUCUACAGAUGUGUGGAUUUACAUAUAUGCAACUGCAUGUGCAUGUAUAUAUAUAUACAUAUGCAUAUACAUAUAUAUACGUGAAUAGAGAAAAUGAACAUGUGAGAGAGAGAGAGAGCGAGAGAGAGCGAGAGAGAGGGCAAGAAAACGAUGGAGUAAAUGAAUUUUGGAUAUGUAGAUAGAUAGAUAGAUAGAUAGAUAGAUAGAUAGAAUUGUAGAUGAAUCGAGAGAAGUAGAAUGAAGGGAAAAAUGAGGGGAUGAGAGAGAGAGAGAGGAAGAGAAAGAGAGAGAUGGGGGUGGGGGAUGUGUGAGAAGUAAACAGAAAUAUGAAAAAGAAGAGAGAUAAAAAUGCAGAAACUGACUUGAAGAUAAAUAUAUAUAUAUAUAUAUAUAUAUAUUCUCAUACUCAGAGGUUCAAAUACAUAUGUUCCACAAAUGAACACAUCUUAAUUUAUACAAAAAUGAAACAAAACCAUCUAAAAGUGCUCAAUAAAAUCAAUUGAGAUUUAAGGAUUUCUGAGCUAAGACAAAACAAAUGGUUUGAAAAGUCAGGAUUAUCCUAUUGAUUAAUCAAUAAGAUUAAUCUUAUUGAUUUCAUGAUUAAUGGAAUUGUUCCUUGUUAUGUGAAGCAUUGAACUUGAUUCUUGAGCAAAAUGAUGCCGAAAGAGCUGCUUAAAGUUUACUGCAAGCUUAAUACAACAACUGCUCGCUGUCUUGGAAUGGUACGAAUGGAACAAUGAAGAUUGUCAGGGUUUCUAAAUCACCAAGUUUGGUUAUAUAAUAGUGAAAUUAAAUUCUAUGACACUUAAAGUCCUACACACAUUGCACAUACAUAUAUACAUACAUACACACACAUACACAUAUAUAAUUUGUGCAUAUGUAUAUAUGUGUAUAUUGAGAUUUACAUGCAUAUUAUAUAUAUAUACAUAUAUAU